CGCGACUGGCUGGUUUACUCGACUAUCAAUCAGUACUGACAUGAGUCAUCAGAUCAUUCAAGUGGGAGGUAGGGUCGGAUGAAAGUCCUAUGCAGACGCACGAACCGUUGACUGACCAUCACUCACAUGACCAUCACGUGUAUGACACCGUAUUUAUUAUGUACACUCCACACACAUACGCCUCGGCUGCCGCUACGCUGUCCGGCCGGUCGGCCGGCACUCAUGCUCCCUCCUUCUGCUUCUCCUUGCCCGCGUCGUUGUCGCCUCCCCUGCCGUCGUCCUUGCCCUCCACACCCUGCACUCGGUCAGGCAUCACACACACACUCACACGUACGGGUGCCCAAUCCAUUGAUUGAUGCCUCUCCCCCUAUUGCCUUUCUGUUGUGUGCAUGUGUGUGCGUGUGUGUGUGUGUUCUCUGCUCGCUCACGAUUUUGUCGACGUCGACUUCCAUGCCGCCCUCGGCCAUCCGCUUCCUGUAAAAGAUGUCAUCUGCCCACACUGCACACACACACACACACACACGGACAGACAAGACAGACAUGCACACGCGUCGCCGAAGCACCCUUGGCGGGAGGCAGCGCAUCCGGUACCUACCUGGUCUGGUGGCCCUUCCCGUCUUGGCGUUCUGUGGCGCCCUGGACUUGUUGACAGUGAUGACCUUGCCAUACAGCUCACUCUCGUUCAUGUUGUCUAUCGCCUCCAAAGCGUCGCCCUCGUCCUCAAACUCCACAAACCCAAACCCGCGAUGGUUGCCUGCAUCAACACACACCACACCACACCACACCACACCACAGCACACCCACAGAGAUGCAUGAAAUGAGCUUGUGAGAAGAGCGUAGGCAAAAGGUACAGUACCGACCUGAUUUCAUGUCAAGAGGCAUCUCAAUAUUGCGGAUCUCGCCGAAGGGGAUGAAUGCGGCGUGCAGGGCGUCACGUGUGACGGUUGUGUCCAGGCCGCCGACGUACAGCGUCCGCUCCAGCCGCGCAUCGCUGUAACCCGCCAACAUCCGCCUCACUCCGAUUUGUCGACGAAGCUCGCCUUUUUUCAGGACAGGCAGCCGGCGUUAAGUGGUGCCUCACUUUCUCUGUUGAAUGCAAGGCGAGUGUGCCCCAAGAUCUCUCAGCC